AUGGAACCGUUUCUUUGCUCAGAGCAUUUUCUCCCAACUGAUUUUUCACCUACGUUUUCCUCCAUACCUGGUUUCAACACUAAAAACACCAAAACCUUUCUUCGACGAGACGCUAUACCUUUAGUCCGCAAACCAAAACAAGAUGAGGAACUUAGCAAGCGUGAAAAGCGCAUGCUCAUAAAAGGAACAAACAUUUCUCAUCGACCAUCGACUACAGAGGACACAGAAUUAGUGGAUGUUGCAUCCACCUUGACUGCCGUAGUAGAUAUGGAAAGCCGGAUAAGCGACACCGUUCCAAUUGACGAUGACGAGUCCGACCAAAAACAGCGUGAUUUUGGGAUUCAAUGCACAAUCAAAAAGAGCAGCUCAUGCUCUCGUAAUGCCAGAAAGCUGAAUACAGCAACCAAGAAAAUCUUACGUCUAGUUGGCAAAAUUUGCAUACUCGAGAAGGAAAUGAAAAACCCAAUAGCUCCUGUUGCGACUGAUGAGGACACGGACUCAGAGGGAGACUCAGAUCGUCCAUGCAAAGCUGGACGAGUAGUAUACAAAGACAUUUCAAUGACCCCACAUGAGGAAAUAUUUGGCGACGACGAAGUUGGAGAAGAAAUCGGGGAUGAAGAAUUUUUUGACCAGGGGGCACACAGCGAGGGAAUCGAAACUGAUACUGAUGAUGAUGAAGACAGUUCAAAACAUAUCAGGCAAGACUACCUUUAA